CGCGAGGAUCAAAGUCUCGCGAGACGCGCGGGCAGCCGCGGGCUCUGGGCCCCGCGCGCUCCGGGGCCGUCCUCGGUCCCCUCGUAGCGCCACGCUCUGUGUCUGCUUUCCGCCCGAGCCUUGGCCGCCCGCCCCUAGUCUAGACACGCUUUAAAUGGUAGUAAUAAAAGUUAUCUUGCAAGCAGUUGGAAUAAAACUUGUAAAGGAGCAUUGUACAACAUGGAUUCUCUACCUGAAGAGUUUUUUGUGAGUAGUGAUCCUGCUGUGGAGGACCAGGCCCAGGAAGACACUGACAGCAAUGUAGAAAAACCAACCAUUUCACUGGACAAACAGAAAAAGGAAAUACCUACUGAUCUCGAGCCUGUUAACCUACUACUAGAAGUGAAGAAGUUACUAAAUGCAGUUACUACUCUACCAAAAGGUGUGACUCCUCAUGUCAGAAAGUUUGUACAAGAAGAUUUUUCCUUCCAGAAUAUGCAGAGAGAAGUUGCAGCUAACAGCCAGAAUGGGGAGGAAAUUGUUCCUGCUUUAACAUUACGUUUUUUGAUCACACAACUAGAAACAGCACUUCGGAAUAUUCAAGCCACUAAUUAUACUGCACACCAAAUUAAUAUUGGUUAUUACUUGACGUUGCUGUUUUUAUACGGAGUAGCACUUACUGAAAGAGGAAAAAAAGAGGAUUAUGCAGAAGCUGAGAAUAAAUUUCUGGUGAUGAAAAUGGUGAUCCAAGAAAAUGAAAUUUGUGAAAACUUUAUGUGUUUAGUUUACUUUGGACGUGGUUUACUUCGAUGUGCUCAGAAGAGGUAUAAUGGAGGACUACUAGAGUUCCAUAAAAGCUUACAAGAAGUAGGAGAUACAACUGACAGUUGGUUUGACAUUGAUCCUACAGAUGAUGAUGAAUUACCUACAACUUUCCAAGAUCUUCUCAAUAAUUUUAUCAAGUCAACUGAAAAUGACAUAAUGAAUCAGACCAUCUGUAGUUACCUAGAUUGUGAGCGAUCUUGUGAAGCUGACAUUUUAAAGAACACCAAUUAUAAGGGAUUUUUUCAGCUAAUGUGCAGUAAAAGUUGCUGUGUUUACUUCCAUAAAAUUUGUUGGAAAAAGUUCAAGAAUUUAAAAUAUCCGGGUGAGAAGGAUCAGACUUUUAGUGGGAAAAAAUGUUUGAAGGAAGGAUGUAUUGGUGACAUGGUAAGAAUGCUACAAUGUGAUGUACCUGGAAUCGUUAAAAUUUUGUUUGAAGUAGUGAGAAAAGAUGAAUACAUAACCAUUGAAAAUUUAGGAGCAAGUUAUAAGAAUUUGAUGUCUCUGAAAGUAAAUGAUACUGAUAUAAGACCAAUUAGUUUGAAAUGUAACACAAAAGAUGAAAUGCCUAUCUUCAAACUUGACUACAAUUAUUUCUACCAUCUGCUUCAUAUAAUUAUUAUUUCUGGUACUGAUGUUGUCCGGCAAAUAUUUGAUGAGGCUAUGCCACCCACUCUUUUGAAAAAAGAGCUGCUAAUUCACAAGAGUGUGCUAGAAUCCUAUUAUAACCAUCUUUGGACCAAUCAUCCUUUGGGUGGAUCAUGGCACCUGCUCUAUCCUCCAAACAAGGAGCUACCACAGUCUAAACAGUUUGAUUUAUGCCUCUUACUAGCCCUUAUCAAACAUUUGAAUGUGUUCCCUGCACCCAGAAAAGGCUGGAAUAUGGAACCACCAUCUUCUGAUCUGUCUAAGUCUGCAGAUAUCCUGAGGCUAUGCAAGUACCGGGAUAUACUCCUUAGUGAAAUUUUGAUGAAUGGUCUCACUGAGUCACAAUUUAAUUCCAUUUGGAGAAAAGUUUCAGAUAUUCUUCUGCGCCUUGGGAUGAAACAAGAAGAUAUUGACAAAGUGAAGGAGAAUCCUAUUGAGAAUAUCUCCCUUGAUUACCACCAGCUAUCCAUCUACCUAGGCAUUCCAGUGCCGGAGAUCAUUCAGAGGAUGCUGUCCUGCUAUCAGCAAGGAAUUGCUCUGCAAUCAAUAACAGGCAGCCAACGUGUUGAAAUAGAAGAGUCUCAAAAUGAAGACGAAGAGCUAAGUCCCCCUCUCAUGGAGUACAGUAUAGACCUCAAAUCAAGCUCUGACACGGAGUUAGCAGAGAUGAGUAAAGACGGGGCCUCACCACCCAGUGAAUCAUCAACAGAAUCUGUUAAAGACCUCCAGGAAGUUAAGAUUAAAACAAAGAAAAAGAAAAAAACUAAGAAUAACAAGAGUAACGAUUGCAAAGAAGAGCAAAUCUCAUGCAUGGUAGAAAAGGAAGAGUUGAGAGAGGCCGCCAGCCCACAUCCAGUCAGUGGAUACGUGAGAGAUGAUGCAAGUGACGCCCAGGAGGAUUCUGCGGCUGAGGACAAGUUCUACAGCCUGGAUGAACUGCAUAUUCUGGACAUGAUAGAACAGGGCUCAACUGGCAAGGUAAUGACAGACUACGGAGAAACUGAAAAGGAGAGAUUUGCACGUCAACAGCAACUGUAUAAGUUGCACUAUCAGUGUGAAGAUUUCAAAAGACAGUUGAAAACAGUAACAUUUCGGUGGCAAGAAAAUCAAAUGCAAAUUAAAAAGAAAGAAAAAAUCAUCACAUCUCUUAACCAACAAGUGGCUUUUGGAAUCAACAAAGUAUCCAAAUUACAGCGCCAAAUCCAUGUGAAAGAUAAUGAACUCAAGAACCUUAAAGAGCAGCUGUCAAUGAAAAGAUCCCAGUGGGAAAUGGAGAAGCAAAAUCUGGAAAGCACCAUUAAAACAUACUUAAACAAGCUGAAUGCCGAAACCAGCAGAGCCUUAACAGCUGAGGUGUACUUCCUACAAUGCCGUAGAGACUUUGGUUUGCUGCAUCUAGAGCAGACAGAAAAGGAGUGCCUCAGUCAGCUUGCGAGGGUGACUCACAUGGCAACGAGCAACCUAGAAUCACUUCAAUUGAAGGCUGCAGUAGAUAGUUGGAAUGCCAUUGUGGCAGAUGUUAGAAACAAGAUUGCAUUUCUCAGGUCACAGUACAAUGAACAGAUCAACAAGGUGAAACAAGGGUUUGCUUUGAGUACUUUGCCUCCAGUACAACUUCCUCCACCACCCCCAAGUCCUGAGAUACUGAUGCAGCAGUUCUUGGGAAGACCCCUUGUGAAGGAGUCCUUUUUCAGACCCAUACUUACUGUUCCUCAGAUGCCUGCAGUUUGCCCUGGAGUCAUCUCUGCAGCCAGUCAACCUAGACCCCAACUGAUGACUGGCAUAGCCUGGACGCUGCCAGCACCUGUAGGAGAGGCUGCCCCUCCCAGUACAGGUCCUAGCAGUGAUUCUUCCAUGGUGAAUCUGGAGAGGAUUGCAGACAAGCUGAGCACAGCAUUUCCACAACAGACCAGAAAGGAGCUUACGGAUUUCUUAGAAAAAUUAAAGGAUGUCCAUGGAAAGUCCUUAUCUGGACUGACAUUUGAUGAAAUUGUGUACAAGAUUUCCCAACUGAUUGAUCCGAAGAAAUCUCAGAGUCAAGAAAAGUCCGUACCCAAUGGUGAUUGCACUUCACCCAGCCAUUCUUCAUCACAGCCUAAUGCUCCCCAGACUCCCAAGCCUGCAUGGAGGCCUCACAGUUCACAGAGUUCUGCCACAUGGGAAGGAGCCAGUAAUCUGAAUGAGGAGGAGGAAGAGGAAGAAGAAGAGGAACCUUGUGUGAUCUGCCAUGAAAAUCUAUCUCCAGAAAACCUUUCAGUUUUGCCUUGUGCUCAUAAAUUCCAUUCUCAGUGCAUUAGACCAUGGCUGAUGCAACAGGGGACCUGCCCCACCUGCAGACUCCAUGUCGUGCUGCCGGAAGACUUCCCUGGCCUCCCCAGCCAGCAGGUGCCAGAGAUCUGAUGCAGGCAGAUGGCUGCACAAAAGAUCAGCGUUCAGACGCUGGGAUUCAGCUCUUUUCACAUGAGCUGAUGCAAACGAGGUGCGAAGCAGUGUGUUCUUCAGAGUUGUACUAAACAUGCUAGGUUCUCACCCCACAGCAGCAGCCCGAGACCCAGGCAGACCCUCAGGAUGGCAGAACUGAACAGAAGGGCCUUGAAGAAGGAGUUUUAAGUUCCAUCUUAUUUGCUCUUAGGAGUUUUUCUUCUGUAAACAUUAACUAUUGGUGUAUUUCUGAGGGUGUCUUGUUUUUUGUCAGUCUUACCCUUCUUGUCCUCUGUGUUCUCUGAAUUAUGCUACAUUGAAAUUUCCUGAAAUAAAUUUAGUAGGAAAAGUGGAAUAGUAUAUAAGUCUAGAAGAA